AUGUAUCCUGUGUGGUCAAAGUUCCCUUAUAUAUGGCGUGUUAGACCACCCGGCAUUUACGGGGGUUACAGGAUGAUUUCUGCUUUACCACCUCAAAGUUUGCCACAGGACAAACCAGGUUUCUUCAACGCCAUAAAAUACCAAAUGGGACAUGGUUUGAGGUAUCCCACUGGGCGGUUGAAGCUAUCUGGCGCCAACAUGUUCGCAAUUUGCGCUGAAUACCCAGACCUUAAAGAGUUCAUCGAAAAUCUUAAUUUGCCAGACACCUUCCAGACAUGGUUUUCGCUUACGACUCUUCAUAUUUGGAUGUGUUUAGUCCGCCUUCGUAGAGAGGGGCAAGAGGCUCAAAUUCUUAAAAAAGCGUUUAUUCAGUUAAUCUGGACUGACUUGAAGGGCAGAAUGCGUCCAUUUGGCAUACUUCGUAAACAGCAUGACCACGUCGAAGUAUUCAACAUGCAGUUUUUUGGCUCUGUUUUUGCUUAUGAUGAGGCAUUUUUGCUGCACUCAGAUACUGCUCUGGCAGCUGCUGUCUGGCGUAACUUAUUCCUCGCAUCGUCUUACACUUCGGCCUUUCAUCUCGACUCCGCUGUUCACUACAUCCGCAAACAACUUGCACACCUAGACGCUUUAUCAAGUGAUCAGAUUGUUGGAAAAGGCAUGCCAACAUUUUUGCGUCUCUUUGAGGAUAAACUGGACCCCGAGUACGCCAACAGACGCCUGCAUUAUUGUCUUACUUGGCCAGAAUGGGACAAGUGA